AUGUCUUUAGCCUCGCAAUUUUCCUUAUUUUCUUCCAGAUUCAAUGCGGCGAAACCAUCUUCUAAGCUCCCCUCAUUUCUAAUUGUCACUGGCAGUUUCGUUUUAUUAUGCGAAGUGUCGCGGCAGCUUUGACGGGCUUCCGACGCCCAUAUACUUGUUUAGGUGGCAUGGUACCAGAAUGAGUUCAGAGCGAUUGUGGGAGGUUUGAGUAAUGAGAAUUGAAGUCUUGCAUGCAUAAUGUGGAAAGUGAAAUGCAGUCGAGUACUGGUUGUGUGUUCGAUAUUCCGGAUCCAGACUAGUGGAUCAUGUUGGCGUGGCAACUGCGAGCAUUGAAUGUUUGACCACGAACAGAUAGAGUACUGCGCAACUCGAAAUCUGAGUAGGUUUGGCCACACUGUGAUAUAUUGCUGUUUUCGAAAGUGAUAGCCAUAGAUCCCAUUCACUUCUUACAUUAAUAUUACUUUCGUUACCUGGACUCAUACCCAGCAUUUUCUGCACCGAAAAUGUGGUACGACUCUACCAGUAACCCGUUAUAUACCAGUACCAGCUCGGGUCACCAAAAAAAACCUCAUCUACUAAAAGUCUCUCAACAUGUG